AUGAGAAGGCAGUUGUGGGAAGAUCUGGUGACUUUUGCAGGGUUGAACUGUCCUUGGUUAGUAGUUGGAGAUUUCAACACCUAUCUAUUUGCAGAUGAUAAAAGAGGGCCGGGAAGGUUCAAUUUGGGAUCGGCUGAAGGUUUUACGACCAUGGUUGAUACAGCUUCUCUAAUGCCGAUCCCCUCCAUGGGUAACAAAUUCACUUGGACCAACAACAGGCGGGUAGGAAACGUCCAGGCAGUUCUUGAUCUGGUGAGAAGCUCAUGGUUGACACCUAUUUCGGGUUCUCCUCUUUAUAUUGUGAAUCAAAAAUUGAAGAGACUCAAAGGCCCUUUGAGAGAUUGGGCCAAAGGGGUGUUUCCACACAUUGAGCAUGAAGUCCUUCGUACCAAGAACUGCCUUGAGAAUGUGCAAGGGCGUAAGGAUAUGGAAGGAUUUUCUGAGGAGUUGUUUAAGAGUAAAUUGCAAGCUAGAAUUGAGCAUGACAAAGCCAUUGAGCUUCAUGAGAAGCUAUGGAGGGAGAAGGCGAGGAAUAAAUGGUUAGCGCUUGGAGACAGAUGCACGAAGUAUUUUCAUGCCUCGACCAAGACUCGACAUGUUCGCAGCUUCAUUAGAGAAAUUAUAAAGGAGGACGGAUCAGUCUUAGCAGAUGUUAGCGAGAUUGGAAAUCAUAUUGUGGCCCACUUUGAGAAUUUCUUCAAAAGGGGAACAAAUGCAAGAGAACCAGCAAUGCUUUCAGUAAUUCCCAAAAUUAUUUCAGAUGUGGAGAAGGAUAUGCUCACAAAGAUACCCACGCAGGAGGAGAUCAAAGCGGCGGUGUUUGAUCUGGACCCCAACAGUGCCCUAGGUCCAGACGGGUAUCCGGGAACAUUUUUUAGAGUGUGUUGGGAUUUUAUUGGCAGAGAUGUGUGUCGAGGGGUGCAGAAUUUCUUCAAGGAGGGAGUAAUAACGAAAGGGGUGAACUGUAAUUUCAUGUGCCUGAUUCCCAAGGUGGAUGGGGCAAAUAGAGUGGGGCAGUUUCGCCCUCUUUGCCUAGGGAAUUUUUUCUUUAAAAUCAUCCCAAAAAUAAUGGCGAUCAGACUGUCCACAAUUCUGCAUAUGCUGAUCUCUCCUGAGCAAGGAGCGUUCCAGAAGGGGAAGGUGAUUUUUGAAAACAUAGGGGUGGCUUCUGAGCUUACUAACAUGAUGGAGAUAAAAUGCAGAGGGGGAGGUUUGGGAAUGAAAUUAGACAUCCAAAAGGCCUUUGAUACACUGGAAUGGAGCUUUCUAUUUGAUGUCAUGGGUGCUUUUGGCUUUGAUCAACGCUGGAUACACUGGGUGCAUCAGAUUCUUCAAUCCACCAGAAUUUCAAUCUUGAUUAAUGGUGGACCUGGAGGUUUCUUUGGCAUGGAGAGGGGAUUGCGACAGGGGGAUCCACUAUCACCUCUAUUAUUUAUUCUUGCAGAGGAAAUCUUAUGUAGAGGACUCAAGGCGAUACGAGAAAGAGGUUGGCUUAAGGCGUUGAACGGGCCCAGACAGGUAUUCACUCCUUCACACUUGCUUUAUGUUGAUGACCUAUUUAUCUUUAUGAAGGCUGAGAUGGCAAGUGUGAGAUGGGUCAAGCAAUUCUUGGAGGCUUAUGGAAGGUACUCGGGGCAAGUGGUAAAUCUUGCAAAGAGCAAAGUGUUCAUGGGGCGUAUCUCAAGUGCAAGAAAGCAGCAGCUCCAAUCGGUACUACAAAUUCCAGUGUGCACUUUCCCAACAAAGUAUUUGGGGGUUAUGUUGAAGAAGGGACGAGUGCAGCGUGAUUUAAUCCUCCCUCUAAUGGACCAAUUUAAGAAACGGCUGGCAGCAUGGAAGGGUAGGUUCCUAUCUAUGGCUGGGCGAAUAGAACUUGUCAGAUCUGUAAUGAGCAGCAUACCAGUGCACAAUUUCUCUGUUUAUCUAUGGCUGGCUAGUGCUAUAGAGAAUAUGGAAAGAUGGAUUCGCAACUUCAUAUGGUUAAGAGAAGCAGAUCACUCCAAAGCAAUCACGGUGAGUUGGGACACAUUGUGCAAACCAAAAGGAGAAGGAGGGCUUGGCAUUCGGCGAUUAAGGGAUCUCAAUCUAGCUCUUAUUGCCAAGCUUGUGUGGACAAUUAAAUCAGACAGCUCGGACUUUGCUAGAUUCUUGAGGGGAAGAUUUGUGAGGAAGGAUGGCUCAUUCAAAAAGCCGGCAGGGACAUCUAUGCUUCUUCCAGUAUCACUGCUCUUUAAUGAGAUGUGGGGAGGCUUCCCAUCAAUGGAGGUACUCUUCUCUUGGUGGAAAAGAAAGGCAAAAACUGUGCCUCUACCGGUAGCAUGGAAUGUCCUGCUUAUUAUUGUGCCCCAACAAAUCUGGAUGGAGAGGAACAGGCGUUGUUUUGAUGGUCACAGAAGAAAUCCAUCACAGGUAACUAAGAUCUGCUUUGCAGAAGUUAUGAACUACACUAGGAUGCGAAGGGUGCAGGUUAAAUCAAUCAAUGAUCUUGUUAUAGCCAGGCAAUUGAAGUGCGUAAUCUCCAAGCCAAUGGAAAGGAAGAUCAUUGAGUGCAUGUUUCAUCUCCGUCAUUUGUGCGUGUACUUUUCUCCAUCAUUUGUGCGUGUAAUCCAAUCUCCUCCUUCCUUCUCUGCACCUUCCACCAUGAUCCUUGGCACCAUCAUCGAUGAUGAUGCCGACGAUGUCGAUGAUGACGAUGAACAUUUCAUCUUUCUGAGUCUACACCCCUUCCGCCCUGUUCUCACCAUGGUUGUCACCAUCGUUACAUUCUGCCUUACCCUUUUCCCUCCCCCUCCCCUGAAGCUCCCCGUUCUGUGGUCGAUCAUGGCGUUUACCAAUAGUCGGCAAAACAAGGAAGGUUUUUCUGUUUUCUUUGUUUAUGUGUUUGCAAGUGUUACCAUCUCUGGUGCUGGUGGUACCACGGUCAUCAUCGGCUUCGUUGCUCCAGCCGCUGUUCAAUCCUCAACAACCCUCUCAUGUCACCAGACGAAGCUCCACUCGUCGAUCCAGCAGAUCAUUGCAGAUCUAUUCGAAAGUAGGCUGUGA